CUCCGGCACCAUGCUCCGGCUCCUCCGGCUGCUGCUGCUGCUGCUGCCUCCGCCAGGGUCCCCCGAGCCCCUAGGCCUGGCUCGGCUGUCCCCCGGUGCGCCCCCCCAGGCCCCCGACUUGCUCUACGCCGACGGGCUGCGCGCCUACGCGGCCGGGGCUUGGGCGCCGGCCGUGGCGCUGCUGCGGGAGGCGCUGCGGAGCCAGGCGGCCCUGGGCCGCGCGCGGCGGGACUGCGGGGCGCGCUGUGCGGCCGAACCGGGGGCCGCGCUCCCCGCCGGGCUGCUCGACGCCCCGGACUCCGGGCCCGGCCCGGCGCAGGGCGCCUGGGAGCGGCUGCUGCUCCGCGAGGCGCUCCGCCGGGCCGAGUGCCUGACCCAGUGCGGGGCGCAGAGGCUGGGCCCCGGGGGCGCGGCGCGGCUCCGCGUGGGGAGCGCGCUCCGGGACGCCUUCCGCCGCCGGGAGCCCUACAACUACCUGCAGAGGGCCUACUACCAGCUGAAGAAGUUGGACCUGGCAGCAGCGGCUGCACACACCUUCUUUGUAGCAAACCCAACACACCUCCAGAUGAGGGAGGACAUGGCUAAGUACAGACGUAUGUCUAGGGUGCGGCCCCAGAGCUUCCGCGACCUGGAGACUCCGCCACACUGGGCAGCCUAUGACGACGGCCUGGAGCUGCUGGGGCAUCAGGAGGCUGGACUGGCGCUGCCCCGGCUAGAGGAGGCCCUGCAGGAGACCCUGGCCCAGAUGGAGAGCUGUCGGGCUGGCUGUGAGGGGCCGGAGGAGCAGCAGAGGGAGGAAGAGGAGGAGGAAGGGACUGGAGGCCAGGGGGGCCUCUAUGAGACCAUUGCGGGGCACUGGAUUCGGGUCCUACAGUGCCGGCAGCGCUGUGUCGGGGACACAGCCACUCGUCCUGGCCGCAGCUUCCCUGUUGCUGACUUCCUUCCCAGCCAGCUGAGGCGGCUGCACGAGGCCCAUGCUCAGGGUCAGUUGGGGAAGGUGGGGAAUCUGUCCCAGGCUCUGGAAAACGUCCUGAGUGUUCUGCUCUUCUACCCGGAGGAUGAGGCUGCCCGGAAGGCUCUGAACCAGUACCAGGCCCAGCUGGGAGAGCCGAGACCCGGCCUUGGGCCCAGAGAGGACAUCCAGCGCUUCAUCCUUCGAUCCCUGGGGGAGAAGAGACAGCUCUACUAUGCCAUGGAGCACCUGGGGACCAGCUUCAAGGAUCCUGAUUCCUGGACCCCAGCAGCUGUCAUCCCAGAGGCACUUAGAGAAAAGCUCAGAGAGGAUCAAGAGAAGAGGCCUUGGGACCAUGAGCCGCCACAGCCAAAGCCCUUGACCCACUGGAAGGAUGUCCUGCUCCUGGAGGGAGUAACCCUGACCCAGGAUGCGAGACAGCUAAACGGGUCCGAACGGGCCGUGUUGGAUGGGCUGCUCACCCCCGCCGAGUGUGGGCUGCUGCUGCAGCUGGCCAAGGAUGCCGCUGAGGCUGGAGCCAGGUCUGGCUACCGCGGCCGCCGCUCCCCUCACACCCCCCACGAACGCUUCGAGGGGCUCACGGUGCUCAAGGCUGCGCAGCUGGCCCGGGCCGGGGCCGUGGGCAGCCAGGGGGCUAAGUUGCUUCUGGAGGUGAGCGAGCGCGUACGGACCCUGACACAGGCCUACUUCUCCCCGGAGCGGCCCCUGCAUCUUUCCUUCACCCACCUGGUGUGCCGGAGUGCCAUAGAAGGAGAGCAAGAGCAGCGCAUGGACCUGAGUCACCCGGUGCAUGCAGACAAUUGCGUGCUGGACCCUGACACCGGGGAGUGCUGGAGGGAGCCCCCAGCCUACACCUAUCGUGACUACAGUGGGCUCCUCUACCUCAAUGACGACUUCCAUGGUGGAGACCUGUUCUUCACAGAGCCCAACGCCCUCACAGUCACAGCUCAGGUUCGGCCUCGCUGUGGACGCCUUGUGGCCUUCAGCUCCGGGGGGGAGAAUCCCCACGGUGUGUGGGCCGUGACGCGGGGACGGCGCUGCACCCUGGCGCUGUGGCACACGUGGGCACCUGAGCACAGGGAGCAGGAGUGGACAGAAGCCAAAGAGCUACUGAAGGAGCCCGAGGAGGAAGAGGAGGAGGAGGAGGAGGAGGAAGAGGAAGAAAUGCCCAGCAGAGACCCUUCCCCAGAACCCCCCAGCCGCAGGCUUCAGCGGGUCCAGGACAAAGCUGGGAAACCACCUCGGGCCCGCGAGGAGCUGUGAGGGACUGAGCCAGCUCCUUGGGGAUGUGGCCAUGUGACUUGUGAAGGGCCACCUCGAUGCCAGGACCCACGAGAAGCCCCCAUGUGAUGAGAGCAGAGUAGUGAGCUCUCUGUCCCUGCGUCCCUACCCGCUUGGGGAUCACGAGGGCCGUCCAGCCCUGGACUCAGAGGACAGUGCUCAGACGAGCCUAGAGCUCAUGAGACCCAGCUAACGGACCUCCAGACUGAGGACAAUGUGCCUCCCUGGAAAGAAACAGCAGGGAUAGGACCUGACUGCUUUGGAUGUGGAAGACGAGAGGGAGGAAAACCCCAAUGGCCCGUCCCAGCCUGUAAUAAAGAGCUGAAGACCCCUCA